UUCUUUUGUUUCUUCAACAUUAACCAUGACUGACUUAAAGAAGGAAAAUACAAAGCCUCUAAUUGACACAGAAGAGUCCGAAGAAGAGAUUAGCCUAGUUUCAUCUGAAGCAGAGGUUACCAGUAGCAACACAACCGCUACCUUAAACCCAGACAUUAACGCGGAAUGGGAUGAACCAACCACGAAGAAAGAGCACCCUUUAGCUGCAGCGAUUGUUGUCGAAGACUAUGAUAGUGAUCCCUGGGCUCAACCAGAAAAUGCCUUAUUAGCUCAUGAGGAAGAGGAAGAGGAUGAAGACGAGCAAGAUCUAGUUAUGAAGCAACCACCAGCACAAUCUGCAGAGGCUCCUUCAGUUGCUACCACAACUGUGUUUGAUGCAGUCGAUCACCUUCACGAGCCUAUUGCGAGACAGGAAGAAGAUCAAGAUACGUCGGCUGUAAAGGGCUUUCAAAAUUUCGAAGACACUGAUAAAAUUGAUGACCUAAAAGUGUCUGGAGAACUUCCGGACUGGUUGACUGGUGAACAUUUUACCGUUGGGCCUGGAACAUUUAGCAUCAAAUAUAGCCGUAAAGUAGAGAUAGAUGGAUUACUUCAAAACUCUACAGCAGUCUAUUCGUUCGGUCAUUGGUUUGAUGCAUUACCCUUAGUGAACCGUUUCGACUUGAAUGGGUCUAGAAACUCAAUUACUUACCGUAACAAAUUAACCAGCAAACGGUUAAUUGAAAAGAUCCGUGAUCAUCAUGGCUAUGCUCCUCCUCAUCCUGCCGGUCUUUUCAUGUCAAACACAAACCAAACUGUUUUAUCAAAAAUCUUGAACAAUUCUUCAAAGCCAAAUAAGAAGCCUGAUGCAGAACCUUGUGGUGCACGUAUUCUAACAAGUAUACCUGGAUUAGAAGGAAGACUAUUAACACAAAAUUAUGCCAAUCAUAUCCAAGAAUUAGAUCCAUUUGAUUUGAAACCCACUCGUUUAUUAACUUGGAGCGACAUCAACCCUUUGUUUAAGGGAACUAGCUCUUGUCCUAACGGCCAAUACGACUCACGAACUGGAGAAUAUAUCAACUUUACAUUGGAAGUUGGGUAUCAAUCGGUCAAGUAUAACUUCUUUUCGAUUAGUGAUAAAAAUCCAAAGGGUUCCAUCAUCGCAUCCAUUACUGCUCCUAUGGCCUAUGUAAACACAUUCUCCAUCACACCGAAAUACAUCAUUUUUGUAAUUUGUCCUAUUCUUGCAAAUGCCGGCGGAGUUAAAUUCAACUGGAAUGAAAGCAUCAUGGAUUCAUUCUCUUUUAGAGCCACUGAACCUACAUUAUUUUAUGUCAUUUCAAGAGAGAAGGGAGAUGUUAUUGCAACCUACCGAUCUGAUCCUUGUUUUGUAUUUAAUCAUAUCAAUGCAUUUGAGAUGGAUGGAAGUGACACAGUGUAUAUUGACAUGAUUUGCUACCCUGAUGACACCAUUGCACGUCAAUUGACAACUGAAUUUUUGCGUAACCCAAAUAACAUGAAGCCAUCACGAUUAAUGGCCUCCGAAGUCAGAAGAUAUCAAUUGGCGAAUAUCCAAGAAGAGAAUUUAUGCUACUUGACCAACAAUUCUUUGAUUCCUUCAAAAAACAGUGUUUCGACUCGCAUUUCUUCGGUGUUUGGAUACUUCAAAAAGAAUACGCCUGCAGUAUCGGAUAGUCUAGAAUAUGGUGAUAAUGGUAAUUAUGUCGCACAUGCCAACAAAUGGUAUUCCUGGAUGCCCGUCGCCUCAUUUGAUAAAAGAGCCCAACCUUCUAUUGAGCUACCUCAAAUCAAUCCUAAAUUUAAAAUGUAUAAGCAUACCAUCAUGUAUGGCCUUGGCUUUUCUGCAUCUAGUUCGUUAAAGGAUGGUGCUAUUUGGGAUAGUAUUGUAAAAAUUGAUGAGGAUAAAAAACAUGUUGUAGCCUCUUGGCAUCAAGAUUUCUGCUACCCCAGUGAAGCAUUGUUUGUACCAAGACCUUCUAUUGGGCCCGAAGAUGAAGUUGGCGAGGAUGAAGGUGUUCUUAUUAGUAUUGUGAUGAAUUCUCAGAAGGCUACAUCCUUUAUCCUUAUCCUGGAUGCAGGUUCCUUAAAGGUGUUGGCUACUGCAGAUCUUGAAAGACUUGUGCCACUCAGUUUUGCUCACGGGUCUUGUAGACUAAGAGAAAAUUAAUCUCGUAGAUUUUCAAUACAUGUCGCUUUUCAUUAUUUUAUCCCGUCAUUAUCCUCGUUGCCAUUUACAUACAUAAAAAAAAAAAAGAUAACUGCUGCGUUUGCUUGUUUUUAGCUUUUCGUGUAAUCUAAGAGACAGAUGAUUCUAGCAAUACCAAAAAAAACUUCUAGAAAUUAUUAAAAGAUCCUU